AGCCUGCCAGCGAGGAUUCUACCGUAACUCCCUGGAUACUAAAAGUUGCCUGAAGUGCCCCCCCAACAGCUUAUCCAAUGAAUCAGGGGCUACAUCUUGUUCCUGCAAUGCAGGCUUCUACCGAGCACCUUUGGAGGGCCAGAACGUUGCUUGCACCCGCCCCCCCUCAGCUCCCCGCAAUGUCAGCUUCUCCCUUCUUGGCACACAGCUGAGUCUGUGGUGGCAGCCACCCAGCGACCAUGGUGGGCGAAAGGACCUGACCUACACAGUCUUCUGUCAGCGCUGUCAUUUCCUGUCAUGUGAGCCUUGUGAGGCUGGUGUGGUGUUCUCCCCCAGUGCUUCUGGUCUCACUAAACCUGCUGUGGAUGUGGACGGCCUAGAAGCUUACACCAACUACACAUUUGCUGUGGAAGCCCAUAAUGGUGUCUCAGGAAUGGGACCUGCUCCACAGAGAACUGCUCCAGCUGUCUGGGUCGCAGUUGGACAUGCAGCUCCAGUGACAGUAUCCCAGUUUAUCCUGACACAAAGAGAUGACAGUAGUCUUUCUGUUUCUUGGCUUGCCCCACGGCAGCGUAGCCGGACCUCAGUGGAGUAUGAGGUCAUGUUCUUUGAGAAGGGAGAGGAGGCACGGUACACAGUGAAGCACCUUCUUGAGCCAAAUGUCACUCUGACGGACCUGCAGCCAGACACAGCCUACCUGCUUCGUGUGAGGUCCAUAACACCCCUCGGGCCUGGGCCCUACUCCCCAGAGCAGGAAUUCCGCACCCUUCCACCAGACACAGGAGCUCUGUCUGGUGGAGUCAUAGUCUCUAUUAUCUUCGGAAUUCUACUAUUUUUUGGGCUGCUUCUGGGACUUCUUAUCUUACGGCGAAAGCAGGCUCGUCGGAGACAGGCACGGCCAGAUUACAAUACUUCAGGCUUUGAUCGAGAGAAGGUCUGGUUGAAGCCCUAUGUAGACCUGCAACCAUAUGAUGACCCCAGCAGAGGGGUGCUGGAAUUCACUAAGGAACUGGACAUCUCUUGUGUCACUAUGGAGAAUGUGAUUGGAGAGGGGGAGUUUGGGGAGGUCUAUCGUGGGUCCCUACGGCUCCCAGGGAAAGAACGUAUUGUGGUUGCCAUCAAGACCCUGAAGUCGACAUAUUCAGACUCACAAUGGUGGAACUUUCUGCGUGAGGCAACAAUUAUGGGGCAAUUCAAUCACCCGAACAUUGUGCGUCUGGAAGGAGUUGUCACCAAAAGGAGGCCAAUGAUGAUCAUCACUGAGUAUAUGGAGAAUGGAGCGCUGGAUACCUUCCUCCGGGAGAAUGAGGAAAAAUUUAGCCCUGUGCAGCUUGUGAGCAUGCUGCAGGGAAUAGCCUCUGGCAUGACCUACCUUUCAGAACACAACUAUGUGCACCGGGAUCUGGCCGCUCGCAACAUCCUGGUAACGCGCAGUCUUCAGUGCAAGGUGUCUGACUUUGGUCUCUCCCGAAUAUUGGAGAAUGAUGCAGAGGGAACCUAUGAAACCAAGGGUGGUAAGAUUCCUAUCCGAUGGACAGCCCCAGAGGCCAUUGCUCAUCGGAUUUUCACCUCAGCCAGCGAUGUCUGGAGCUUUGGAAUUGUCAUGUGGGAGGUGCUGUCAUUUGGUGACAAGCCAUAUGGCAACAUGACCAAUCAAGAGGUGAUGAAAAGCUUAGAGGAUGGGUACCGACUCCCCCCACCUGUGGACUGCCCAUCUAUCCUCUACGAGCUCAUGAAGAGCUGUUGGUCACAUGAUCGGAUGAGGAGGCCUCAUUUUCAGGAAAUCCGCGCACAGCUGCAACAUUUCAUCUCAAGUCCCCAGCUCCUCCGGCCUGUUGCAGACUUUGAUCCCAGGGUAACACUCCGGCUCCCCAGCUGCAGUGGAUCUGAUGGGAUCCCCUAUCGAUCUAUCCCUGAGUGGCUGGAAUCCAUUCGCAUGAAGCGCUACAUCUCCAACUUUCGCACUGCCGGCCUGGACACAAUGGAGUCUAUUCUGGAGCUCACUGCUGAGGACUUGAAACAGAUGGGAGUAUCACUUCCAGGCCACCAGAAGAGGAUCCUGUGUAGCAUCCAAGGCUUUAAGGAGUGAUCAGUCAUUGCUCUCUUAAGCUUGCUAAAUGCCCAUUCUUACCAGAUAUCACUUGGAAUCAUUCCUAUGGCAAUUGCUUCCAAAUGAGUGACUGGGACAAGCAAAGCAAAACAACCAGAACUGAAAAGGAUCAUGAGGCAACACCACCUGCUCUCCUUUCUGUUCCCCCUUGCUUUAGCUCUACAGAAGCCAUCAGUAUGUUUCAGAGCACUGGUCUUAGAAAAUGUUCUCGGUCCUGUCUUCUGUAGUCUGUUCUGUGCAGCAGUAAGUAAUCCCUGUAGUCCACAUACUGGAGUUUCAGACCCUCACUAUAUCACAUGGAAACCUAAGGAUACAUACAAAGUGGGUUGGGGUCAGUGGAUAACGUUUUAAGAUUGGAGAUGAGAUGAGGGUUCAGAUAGACUAGGACAUUCAAGGAACACACACAAGGACACAAGACAUGUAGAGAUCGGGCCCAUUCACUCCGUGGCAUACAUCCCUUCUCACUUCAGGAGCCGUCUGUCUUCCUUAUUUUACAACAGGAACAAACUAUUCAGUCUUUCACAAGGCUGCUGGUAAGGAAUAUAUUUUUAAAUUCAGCUAUUCUUGCCUUAAACACCAACUCAUGGUGUACUUUCUUUGGAGGAGAAGUCAGGAGUAGCAGCACACCCUGCUGUAACUUGUGUGAUCACGUAACCUCAGCAUGUUGCUGUUUUGCACGUGCACACAUCAGUGGGGAGAUUUACUGCUUAAUGCCUUUACUUGUGCCAUGGACAAAACCCCCAAACCUUUAAUUACCCGCUUUUCUCUGCCCCUUUUUUAAAAGAGAGGAUAGUCUUGUUUGGCUGGAUAGGGUAUUUGUAACAGAAAAAUGUGUAGGUGGUCUGUCUUAUUCCUUCUCUGUGGAGGAAAUAUUAUUUAUCAGAACUCAAGACAGUUAUAGACUGUAAAUAAUAUUUUGUAAAUAAAUCUGUGGCAGAGC